AUGUCUAUCAGUACACUGACUACCACGGCGGCCGAAUGUCUGGCCAGCCAGGAUCCGAAAACGACACCACUGCAUCUCGAUUCCUCUCACGUCAAGACGGCUGCGCAAAUUCUGGAAAUAAUAGAUAGAUAUUCCCUGCCCAAGAGACGCAGCGAUCCAGAGGAAUCAGAGUCUGACCAAGACGCAAGUUUCCUCGACCAGAUCUACUCAAAGGUUGUCGAAGGCCAAGCCAUCCAGAUGUGCUUGCCGGCCUUUCCCUUCAAAUCUCCCAACACCAGCACAAAGGUCCUCGGUCGGUUGCCCGACAAGGCUGAAGAGUUUGCGUUGGCACAUUUGAACGGGCUGUGCUCCGCCAUCGAAGACGUGUACAGCCCUGGCGCCACGCUCAUGAUUAUCUCCGACGGUCUCGUGUAUAAUGACCUUUUGGGUGUGCGAGACAGUGACGUCUGGGCUUAUGGCGAGGCGUUGAGGGCCAUGAGCAUUCGAAAGGGCUUCAAACACAUUAACUUCUCACGGUUGCAGGAUCUCGUCCACAUCGGUGUGCCCAAUGAGCUUGAUCAAAUCACCUAUGUGUCCAAUGCCACCAACUUCAGACAUGCACUUUUGUCAAAGUUUAGCAACCCCGACUUUGACGCAUCCCUGAAGAUCAAGGACGACGAGGACACCUGCCUGACGUAUCGAGGAUACAUCAAGUUCUUGUCAACAGAUCUUCAAGAUGUUUACCCCGUCGGAAACUCGCGCACCAAGUCGCAAUUCAAGAAGGGCAUCGAGUAUGUCGCCAAGCAAAUGCUGUUCAGGGGUGACGCCUUUGCACGUGCCGUGAAGGCUACCUUUUCCGAUCGGCUCAGGCUCUCCAUUCACCCGUCUACUGGCAGGAACAAACUCUCAGUCAGCCCAUUGCCAACAGACACCCCAUUUACCACACCAUGGCAUUGCACUGUAGCAUUCCGGUUGGACGGAACUGUGACGAGUGGCCACCACGCCGUAUUUGAUGCCGACGACAAGUUUGAACUCGUUUACCAGGAUGGCAGGCCCAGUUUCUACAGAGAAAAGACCGACCUCUUGGCCUGGGCAGGCGAAGCAGGCGGCAUCGAAUGCGACCCGUUGUACCCGGCUGGUCUUCUCAUUCGGCCAGCAAAGGGUGCUGGUGCCUUGUCCAUUGAAGACAUUGAUGGUGCCAAAGUCAGAUCGCUUGCGCAACGCAACUCUCCAGUGAUCCUGCGCGAUUUUGCCAAGACAAGGGACCGCGAGCUUUUCAUCAAGAAAUCGCACGACCUCGGUUCGCCAACUGGCUGGAAGUUUGGUCUCGUUCUGGAGGUGAAGGAUAGAGGAGCCGAGACGCGCGGGCUGAACAAUGUUCUCUCUGCUGAAUGGAUGCCAUUUCACUAUGAUGGCCUCUUCAAGACGGAGAAGAGAACAAAAGAGGAUGGUACCGAAGAAAUCGUAUCUACGCCACCUGGCUUCCAGUUUUUCACAUCAGUCACGACUUCACCCAAGGACACUGGAUUUACGCUCUUUUCUUCUUCAACUAUGAUGUUCAAGUAUCUCCCUCAAGAUUUGCAGGUCCAGGACUUGCGCAGGCUUACAUGGUCCGUCUCGACAUCAUCCUUCAACGCCACUGUACUGCGUGGCUUGCCCGUGGUGGUUGACCACCCUGCCACUGGUAGCCCAUGCCUGCGUUUCCACGAGCCAUGGCCACAGUCCAAGACCAAGUUUGAAGCCACCAAUGUCGAGAUUGAGAAUGCUAGCGAGGCUGGCAACAAGGACAGCACGACGAUCUGUAAUGUCUUGACGGAUCUCUUGCACGACCGUCGAGUUGCUUACUAUCACGCCUGGGAGAAGGGUGACUUGCUGGUGAGCGACAAUGUCCUGGUGAUGCAUACACGAAGCGACUUCACAGCAGGAUGCGACAGGGAACUUUGGAGGAUCAACUUUGACUAG